AUGCUGAAAAUCUCGCCAAACACGAUGACCCCUCUGAAGCUAGUCGAAACCUCGACUUUCAAACACACAGAAGAAUCAUUCCCAAAGGAGCCAGUGUCUUGUUCCUUCCAAAAGCUCACGGCGGAUGUUGAACGUGUAAAGCUUGACAUGGUUAAAAUGGAAAAAAGAAUUAAUGCAAAAUUAGAAGCAAUAUCGAAUAAUGCAGAAAACGAAAAGCCAAAGGAAAACCCUAAAGAAGACGAGCCUCGGCAGGAAAUUGCCCAUCAUGAACAAACUAUUCAAGAAUUACAGAGCAAAAUUACGUCGUUAACGAAGUUGCACAAUAAAAAUCUUGAACAAAAAGAACAAUUAGUCAUCUCGUCUCUAGAGAAACAAAUAACAAAGGCACAGUACGAACAAUCGACUCUGACAAAACAAUUGACUGAUAUCACACAGGAAAGAGACUCAUUGAUAUUAGCAUUUUCUUUAAUCAUCGAUGACAAAUCUAGUGGGCAAGAUUAUGAAUGCAGCUGCAAAACCUUCUGCUGGGAAGCCCGCCGAUGAUGCUAGCUGCGUUUGUCGUUAUCGCUACUCUGUUUUAGAAGAUAACAUAAUAUUAGACCCUAAUGAGUCUAAUGAGAACAAGGUUGACGAAUUGAUAUAUGACGAAGAACAGGUCAAGGCAAAAGCAGUAAAUCAUGAUAAUUCUGACCUUGAAGGUAGCAUAAUUAUAAAUGCUGUUAAUGAAUCUAAUGAGAACAACUGA